GCUGAAGGCAGGCGCUUAACUGACUGAGCCACCCAAAUGCCCCUCAUAAUCCUUUCUUGAACAUAAAUGUAACUUCUGAGACUACUAAUGGUGUAGGUGUAAUGAUAACUUAACAAAUCCUUAUUAAUUUGCUGCAUUUUAUGGUAAGUGUCACUGAAUACAUAUAACGAACGUCUGUUUCCUAAAUGUAUGCUUUUUUCUUAUACCACACUUGUAAGAUCAUCUCAUUUUGCCUACUAAGAAACUGAGGCUCAAGAGAUGGCGUAAUCAAUUUGUUAAUUUGUUAAAGGUAGAAUAACUAGCUCCCUAGAUGAAGAAGUAGGAUUUAAACUCACCUAUGACCCCAAACCCUGUAUUUUUUCCAGUGUGACACAUGGAUGCCUAUUUAAUCUCUUCCACUUUGCCUGAAUCCAUAACUUCCCUUUCCCCCUUAAUCACUGAUAAGGGUGAAUUGUCUCUCUUCUUUCUUGCUGAAUGCCACUAUAAUACCUUAAUACCAUUGACUUUAGGUGUUUCUGGACUCGAUCACUAUGAAUAUGUCUUCCACAUAUACCAUACUUCCUGUUCUGUACUUUCCCAGGCUAUACUCUAUACUGUCCCCUAGAAUACCCUAUAUGGAAUUCCUUCCCUGAUAGUAUUCAUUUGCCUAAGUACAGAGUGUCGUCUUCUUUUUUCCCCCCUGAAGAGUUGUUGGAGCUCCAGGCAUCUCAGAAUACCUGAUGUUGGAAAAUGUCUGUAGUUUUCUCCCAUCAGUUUUUUUUUUACUCAGCAUUACAGUAGGUACUUUAUAAAGCUGCCAUUUGCCUGGAAUAGAGAAAAGAUUUAUACUUGGUAAGAGGAAACACAGUGGCCCUGGGUGAUGAAUAUAGGAAAGAAGGUUCUAGGAGAGUUCGUGAGGGAACAAUGAAUUUGUGCCAAAAAAAAAAAAAAAAAAAAGAAGAACAACAGUGUAGACCUAACAGAGUAAGUGAAUAAAUCCCUCUCAGGCCUUGGUUGAGAUAGAGCCCAAAGUAAGAGAAAAUCCAUGGCUAUGCAUAGGAAGAGUAGGUAGGGAUGGGGCUUUCCCUGGGUGGAGGGUGUAUUGGAAAGAAGAAAGAUACAGAUGCAUAAUGUAUUCUUUGUUUUUCAACUUGUGCUGACCUGGCCUGCAGGUGGCUUUUCUUUCAACAGAUGGGAUGCUGUUAUGGAAGAGACUAUGUUAUGGAUACUGGGAGUCUUGGUAUGAAAUCAAGGAAUUAUCUCCAAAAUGGUACAUUGGUGAAGAGGAAAUAUCCCAGGGGAUGGUAAUGGAAAGACUUAGAAGUUAUGACGUUGAAUAUUCCAGUUUCAGAGAAGCCUGGAAAUAUGAGGGUGAAUUUGCGCAGCAUCAACAAAAGGAGAGGCAUUUCAGGCAAGUGACAGCCCUUAAGGAAAUCUCUGCUGUGAAAAUGGACAAAAAAUAUAAUAAUUCUGAGAGAAGUGUUCUCUUGAAAUCAGUACUUUCACCACAAGAGAGAGUUCCCACAGUAGAGCAAGUACAUAAAUUUGGCAUUUAUGAUAAAAUGUUUCCCCCAAAUUCCGUCCUAAUUGAACGUAAAAGAUUACCUGCUGAGAAGGACUCUUUGACAGAUAAUGAAUGUGAAGAAUUCAACCAGAGUACAUACCAUAGUAAAGAUAUAGGAAUUCGUCCUGGGGAGAGACCUUAUGAAAGUAGUGAUUUUUCGAAGCUCUUAAGUUUCCAUUCAUUACUUACUCAGCAUCAAACAACUCAUUUUGGAAAAUUACCACGUGGGUUCAGUGAAUGUGAUGAUGCCUUUAGCUGUUACUCAUUCUUUACUCAACCUCAGAGAAUUCACACUGGAGAGAAACCGUUUGUAUGCAAUGACUGUGGAAAAGCCUUUAGUCAUGACUUCUUUCUCAGUGAACAUCAAAGAACGCACAUUGGAGAGAAACCAUAUGAAUGUAAGGAAUGUAACAAAGCUUUUAGACAGAGCGCACACCUUGCUCAACAUCAAAAAAUCCACACUGGAGAGAAACCUUUUGCAUGCAGUGAAUGUGGGAAGGCCUUUAGCCGUUAUGCCUUCCUUGUUGAACAUCAGAGAAUUCACACAGGAGAGAAACCAUAUGAAUGUAAGGAAUGUAACAAAGCCUUCAGACAGAGCGCACACCUCAAUCAGCAUCAGAGAAUUCACACUGGAGAGAAGCCCUAUGAAUGUAAUCAAUGUGGAAAAGCCUUCAGCAGACGCAUCGCCCUUACUCUGCAUCAAAGGAUUCAUACAGGAGAGAAACCCUUUAAAUGUAAUGAAUGUGGGAAGACUUUUGGCUAUCGCUCACACCUUAAUCAACAUCAGAGAAUUCAUACAGGUGAAAAGCCUUAUGAAUGCAUCAAAUGUGGGAAGUUUUUUAGGACUGACUCGCAACUUAAUCGACAUCAUAGAAUACAUACCGGAGAGAGACCUUUUGAAUGCAGUAAAUGUGGGAAAGCCUUCAGUGAUGCUUUAGUUCUAAUUCAUCAUAAGAGAAGUCAUGCGGGAGAGAAACCCUAUGAAUGUAACAAAUGUGGGAAGGCCUUCAGUUGUGGCUCAUACCUUAAUCAACAUCAAAGAAUUCAUACUGGAGAGAAACCUUAUGAAUGUAAUGAAUGUGGGAAGGCUUUCCAUCAGAUCUUGUCCCUUAGGCUACACCAGAGAAUUCAUGCUGGAGACAAACCCUAUCAUUGUAACGAGUGUGGGAAUAAUUUUAGCUGUGCCUCAGCCCUUAGACGACAUCAGAAAAUUCAUAAUAGAGAAACUCUCUGAUUGUAAGAAGUGUAUGAAAGAAAACAUUUAGUCACCACUCAGUCCUUAUUAAAUAAAUAUCAAUGAAUUCUUUGGUUAAUGAUUCUAUGAAUGUAGUAAAUAUGGAGAAGCCUUCAGUUUAUGAGCAUCCUUUAUUUGAAAUAGCCUGAAUCAUAGACAUCUGUUACUUUUGGAUCUAUUCUGUGCCCCAUUUAAAACUUACCUCGCCCUUAGUGCAAAUUAUUCUGAUGAAACUAUUAGGGAGAGCAGUGGAUUGGUCAUAGGUGGCCAUAGUCUGGUUAAUAAGGACUUGGAAGAAUGCCCUGUUUGCACCACUAAAACACUAGGGGGGCAUUAUUACAGAUAUAAGAAAAGAUCAUUUUUUUCCCCUGGAAUUGCAAGUUUCAUGGAUUUAAAGGAUUUUUAAGGUUAAAAACUCACCAUAGCUUUUUUUUUUUUUUGGUCACCGCAUGAGGAAAGCCUUCUCAAGAUCAGUCUAACACAGAGGAAAGUGGAGAUAAGAGACAAAUCUGAUGACAUUGUUUGAUCUUCUGAGUUCAGUCAUGCCUGAAGUCUAUACCAUCUUUUACUUUUUAAUUUCUGUGGUCCAAUAAAUUUCCUUUUUUUUCCCCCCUUAAUUUGAAUUGGAUUACUGCCUCUUGGAAUUACAGUCCUGAUUCAUACACCCUAUGUUUGCUGUACAUUUGAAAAAGCCUUAAUUUUUUAUGGCACAAUUAUCCUGAGAAACUCUGUAAGCAAACAAGUAUUUGGAAGUUGAAUACACAGCCUUCAUGAAGCUGAGAUAAUUAUUAUGUUUUACUUGUUGAUAAAAAUUAUUUUGGUAUUUGUUAGACUCAUUAUAAGGAUAAGUUUUUUAAAAUUCACCUAGUAAAACUCCUUCACAGGCUUUCCCAUAAGGAAUUAAAAUCAUUUGUGGUGGCGACUCACUAUAGGCCUUUAAAGAAAGAGUGGCAGGCUAAGAGAAUAAUGGAUUUGUCACAUUAAUGAAUGGCUCCUCAUCUUAAAGGAAUUAUUUGAUGUUCUGUUUUCAGAAUGGGUUUAAGCAUAUUGUGUAAUAGAAUAUAAUAGAGUUGUAAAUGAGGUUUUCUUUUGUGGGGAGACUGUAAGCUUGGCUUAAGAAGUUUAUGGAUAAUUUCGUUGAACUAGAGAUUCAGACAAAGAUAUUUCCAGCAGACAGAAAGGAUGGGACAUUUCCAACUCAUAGUAAAAGUGAAACAGUUAGAGCCUAGAUUUCUUAGGCUAUAAGUUAUUACCAUUCUUCACAGUAAUGAGGAAUAUGAGGGUAUAGGGCAGUAUAUUCCUAUUGUAAAUGAGUGGGUAUAGAGAGGUAAACUGAUGAUAUGAUAAUGGGGCCACCUUAAAAAGUUAGAACUGUUAGAAUCUUGGACAUUGUCUGGAAAGCAUUUGUAAAAACAACAGAACAAAUGAAUUAAGAAGGAGUAAAAGAUUUGUAUGUGUGCGUGGAGUGAAGCAAUGACUACUACUCUUAAAAUUUCUUUAUUAGUCAAUUUAUAUUUUAUCUAAUACAAAUUUGAAAAUUUCCUGAAUAUUAAGACGGAUUCCCUUGAGACUGAAACCAUGGAUUUAGUAUGACUUAAUACUUCAAACCUUGAACAGAAAAAAAUACGAUUAUAAAACACUGCCAAACAUAUUAUAUUUAACUAAAAUGUCACUUGAUAUGCUGAAAAUCCAUGUCAUUUCUUUAUUCUUUCAUAUAUUACCUAGAGGUCUAGAAAUACUUAUUUUAUUUUG